ACAUAUACUUUUGUUUACACGUUGCUUGCGAUGGUUGACGCGUCGCAGGAUGAAGGCUCAUUGCAGGAAGAAGUUGACGGAGUAGCCUUCCAGCAAAUCGACGAGUCUAUAGACCAGCUGGACUUCGGAGGUUUAACUAGUUUCGAAGCCAAUGAAGAUCUCCAGCAGGCAAUUGAACAGGAUGAGUUCAUUAUUAACAAUGUUGCUUCACGGGUAGGGGUGUCCAAGGCACUUAACCACGGUGUGAAGCUAAGCUCAAUUAUCAAGGCGAAAGCCUCACGGUUGAACGAGGCCACGGCACAGGAGUUGCUUGGCGUUGUACUGGAUCUGUAUUGUACUCACUUUUCUACCCGAGAGGGUCCCGUAACAAGUAGUUAUAGAUCACAGGGUGACGAGCCUUUGGAGUUGGAUUUCGUUAAAUUGUCCAAAUUCUUCUCUUCAAAGGUUCUUGCCUAUUCCCCGUUAUCCUGGAACACUUUGCCGAAGCCUGCAACGGCAGUUACCACUGAAUCGCAACCUGCUAAGAGGAACCGUACCGAGGAAAGUGUUGCUAAACCUCGUGAAUCUAAGCGGAAGGAGUUAGGAACUAUGGUUGAUUAUACGGACGCCCUGAAUAUACAGAGGCAUACUGAAGAACUAAAGGCGCGUUUAAUGUCUAUGUCAGCUGAUGACCCUAUAUCCUUUUGGGACUUUGUACUCGACCCCGACCCUAAUAACGGUUACAACCAGACGUGUCAUAACAUAUACGCCUUGACUUUCCUGGUUGUCAAGGGUUUGGUCAAAUUUACACAACGUGAGCGUGAGACGCUCCUGAAGGGCAUUGCUGAAGUCACUGACAACGAGGAAAACUGUCAGGGUAUUGUAAGUGCACUGUCUUACGACCGGUGGCUGCAGUUAGUGGAAGAGCGCAAUCAUUCUUGAUUGCGCAUAUCACUUUAAAUCGUAAUUAUAAAUGCAGUAUCGGUCACUAACAAGCACAUA